GAAUACGGUGAAACUAAAGUGAAGUGGGGACCAGGCCCCGCCUUUCCGGCGAUGGAAUCAGGAGCUGGAAGCUCGCAGUAAGCAGUAAGCAGGAGCUAGCUCGUCCAGCCUUCUCCCCUUCAACCUUCUUACAGUCCAAUUGGCGCCCGUCGAUCGAUUGCCAGCGCCAGUUGGUUGAUCCCUCUUUCUCGUAGCAUUGGAGAGCUGGUCUUGGGUCAAGGUUGUAUUCUUAGCGGCCGAUGGUCCGGGAAAGUUGAGGUUGCAUCGUUCGAGAGAGUUCCGGUGUCACCGAUCCAUCGAGUGCCGGUCUGAUGAUUCGUCUUUCUCAUUUCUGACCUAGGGGAGGCGAGAGGCGAGAAGCGAGCGGAAAAUGGCUCGAAAUUCUGCUGAGGUCAAGCACUUCUGUCGCAGUAUUGGGCUUAGCAUUAAAGGAUUACUCUCGGAAUCCAGGAUUCUGGAAGUUGGACUGUCGGCAAGAACGAGUGCAGGGGCUGUUAACAAAUCGAGUAUCAAGCUUUAUAAUGUAGCGGGAGCGCUCGGUUUGCGGAGUGGUGCAGUUGAUUCUUCUCUAGGUCCAAAGCUCAGCUCUACCAGCGGAUAUGGCAACUAUUUGUCCAGGGCUUUUUCGGAAAAGUAUAGUAAGAUUUUAGUUAAUAACAUCGGACUACAGAGCCUGAGUAGUGAAUUGAGAUGUCAAGGAGGGAGACGGACUUCUUCACGGCUGCUGUCUACUUCCUUAUUCUCAGCUUCUAACACCAUAAGCAGGAAACCAUUUAUAAAUGUUGGUUUCAAUUCCUUGAAACGGAAAGUUGAUGUUCGAGGAUGCAGAUCAUACUACGUAGACAAAGACGGGGUGCAGCACUUCAAGAGGAGAGGUCCAGUUGCCUGGACGGAGAAGCUGGAUACUCAACGCACAAUGGCAUGGGUUGGAGGGGUUUUUGUUAUUGGAAGCGUCAUAUAUGUGACGAAUUUGGAAACGGUUCCGUAUACGCAUAGAAAGCACUUCGUGCUCGUGAGCCCUGCUCUCGAAAGAUCGGUCGGCGACCGAGGUUUUAAAAUGCUUCUUAAAGAGUACAAAAACAGAGUGUUGCCACCAAAUCACCCUGAAACUUUGCGCGUGCAUCGAAUAUCUGGUGAAAUCAUAGAGGCACUUAUGUUAGGGUCCAAAGCAUCUGAUUGGGGUCAGUUGGACAAAGUCGGAGAGGACUUUUCAUCUUUCGGAACAGGAACAGGCUGGGAUACGGAGACAAAAAAACGAGAUGCGCCUCUGUUGGGAACUUACGGAGACCAUGCACACACACAUGAGGAGACUGUAGAUGAAGGUUGGGUAGACGAAAGCAGGAAAAAGGGUUUAAAGAAAGGUGAAGAAGGCUAUACGAAGCAUCUAGAGGGCAUGAAAUGGCAGGUGAUCGUAGUUGAUGAUGAUCUUGUGAACGCAGUGUGUUUACCCGGAGGAAAGAUAGUGGUUUUUACCGGUCUUCUCAAAAAGUUUCGUUCCGAUACAGAGAUUUCCACAGUUCUUGCACAUGAGGUGGGGCAUGCUGUUGCGCGACACUCAGCGGAAUCUCUUACUCACAAUAUAUUUCUUGUCGCAUUUCAAUUAGCUGUGCUGUCCGUCCUCUACGUACCAAGUCUUGUAAACUCCGUGUCCGAGCUUCUCCUCAGACUGCCAAAUUCAAGAAGAAUGGAAAUAGAGGCCGAUCACAUUGGCCUUAUCUUAAUGGCUGCAGCGGGAUAUGACCCCAGACUUGCUCCAGCUUUCUAUGAGAAACUUGCGAGCAUAGAAAAGGCUCCAGAGUAUGCACAAUAUUUGUCCACUCAUCCAUCUGGAAAAAGAAGGGGUGAAAUGCUUCGAAAUACUGCUACAAUGGAGGAGGCCAUGAGUCUCUAUCGACAGAAAAUGGCAGGGCGUGGUGUAGAUGGCUUUUUCUGAUAUUCUUCUUUAACUUAGGCUGCUGCUGACUUCAUAAUCAGAUUUUAAGCAGAUAUCAAAGUAUCUCAUAUGAUAGUCAAUUCUUAUGACUUAGCUGGUUGGAGUAGAUGGUGAUUCCCCUUAUGUACAUGUGAGGCCAUGGUUGAGGCGGAAGCAGAUGAAGUAUUCUCCUACACUUCAUGAAGUUUCAUCUCCAAUCACAGCAAAUGCGGCUUCGUUUCAACAGUGACUAUCUACUUUUGUGACAUGAACGAGGAAAGGUGGACUCAAAUCAAGUCAUCUGACAGGGUGACACCUUCAGGAAAUUUAUUGAAGCGUUGUUGUAUGUGUGUCUCCAUCAUUUUGACACUCUGGAGCCUACAGAUGCAAAACGGUUUUGAGUAUAUGUGUACGAGAAGCACCCUUUUCCAAGAUGUUAGUCCUCGGUCUCGGAAUGUCGAGAGUUGAUCGGGGGGAAGGAUUUUGCCGCCAUAAUGCUUAACAAGUAUCGAACACAUCAGGUGACAUAUUCCUUGCAUUGAAGCACAGAGAAGCCCGGGAUUCCUUCGUUUCUUGUGCACAAUCGACUCUGUCCUUCAGAUCGCUGUCUGGAUCAUGUUUGGCACUGGAAGCUUAAGCCCCCACAUGGAGGCUUGAAUGUCAAUCGGUUAGGAAGAUUCAAUGCCAUCUGGCUUGAAAAAGUGAUAGCCACCCGAGCCAGCGAUUCGAUGUUCGUAGCUGAAGUGGACUUUGGGUUUAUUUCAUCCAGUUGUAUCUAUUAUAGGAGUGAACAGGUUUUAUUUCUUGAAGGUGCUGACAAAAUUGAGUAACCGAGUCUGCCAGAAUUUUAUUUUUUUCUUCGGGUCCGGCUCUGAGGAUGCUAACUAAUUACAAAUUUUUUUUCAUCAACUCUCGAAAAGUCAUUAAACAUCGUGGCCUGUGCGGAUCCAGGGUAAUAACUUCACUCUUUCGCAUAUGGCUUCAUCAGUCGUCUUGGUACAAUAGUGUGGUGCUUGG